CCGGUGGCGCAAACGCCGCCAUCCGGGGCCAACUCUGAAACAGAUACCCUUGGAGCUGAUGCCGCCGCGCGAAGCGCUUUGAAGGCCGCGCUGGACGAGUGCGAUGCCUACGACCGUGCUGGUCCAGCGUCGGCAGCUGUCGCACCCGCCGCGUUUGCAGCGACCAUCGAGGACAAGUACCUGCGCGCGACUCUUGCGCCGCUACCGACGACGCCUUUUGUGGCGCUGGCGAGAAAGCGGCUUCAGAGGCGGUUGAGCGAGUACGUUGCGGACGUUGCGAUCGUCCGCACGCCGUCCUCGGCGGGGGAUCUGGAGGCGUUUGGACGCGACAUUCGCGCCGUCUUGACGUCGCUGCAGGACCAGACGAGCAACCAGCGUACCCACGACGAGAGCGACAGCCUCAGCGCGCAUGUCCAGUGCACCAAACAGCCAGCGGCGACGGGGCAGGCCGCGCUUCUGGCCAAGCUCGCGACGCUGCCGAAAGCGCAGCUCCAGAAGCUCCCGAAGGCGCAGCAAGAGCUCGUUGCGUUUUCCAAGCGCUAUCAACAAGUGCUAUCGAUGGCACCCGCGACGUCGCACAGCUGCCGCCACACACCCAGCAGUUCGUCGUCCGCGCCCAGGCAAUGA